AUGGACAAGUCCGCACCGCUCGUGAACAAGGUCAUUUACAUCUGUGACCUGCUCCAGAGUUUAGGACUGACCCCCAAAGCCUUCAUCACCGGCUUCUUGGAGCUUAACGACUCGGAUCUGAAACUGCGCCGGGGCUAUUGGGGCAUUUGCAGAGGCUGGCCCUCCACCUUUGCACUUGUGGAUGCCAUCCGGGCCGAGCUCCUCAGAUCACCUGAAGGGACAUUGCAGUGGUCAAACUACAUACAAGACCAGCAAAAUCCGAGGAGCGGGAUCCACCCAAAUGGGUCUUACAUCAGCUCGGCCGCGAUAACUCCGGCAAUCUUUGCUGAAGAUUCAAAAAAUCAUCAUCGGUUAACAUUGACAGGCAAGGAGAUGCCAUUUCUCUACCAAAUUGUACUCGGGAUGCUGUGUUCGGCAACAGACAUCAACCUUGGGGAUCAGGAGGAACAAGUACCACAGGUUGACAAGGGGGAAUUGGUACCGCUGGAAGCUCUUGAGGAAGAGUUGAUGGAGAGAGAGGGGUUCCGGUAUUCAAGGGGAGAUAAUAGUGCUACAACUCGCCGGGGUCGUUACGAAAGGCUAGAGAAUAGCAUCCGGUUUCUGGCUUGUGGGAUGUCCGAGAGGGUGAACGAAUACUUCCACCACCUUGGAUUAACCAGCUCACGCCGCACUGCUAUUGAAUCUCUCAAGACUCUGUCAAUUUAUGCUCAAGGUGAAAUUACCAGGGUCAUGGAUCUCAAGGUCAGCCCGGCCUUUGGUCCAUUUAUUUGCAUUGAUAACUUAGACAUGGAGGAGCGAGUUCAUCUUGUAUCUGUUGGCCAUCGGUCCAUGAUGUUCCACGGGAUGUGGGGUUACAUCCACACUCCCCCAAAAUCACUACUCGAUUCUAUUGAUUUAUCUGAAAUAAACCUCGAGUCGUAUCAUAAGGCCUUACAAACCGUCCGGACCAUGGAGAUAGAUCCAAGGGACUUCUUUCCUGAUAGAGCCACUGAAGACCAUUAUGUACAAGUGUGGAAGAGCCAGCUGGCUACUGUAAUGAUGAAGUACAUUGCGAUUCCUUCAAACAAGAAAGAUGCUUACGCUUGCCACCCACCGCCUUUGGAGGUCCUCACCGCUCAAGCCCCAGACUUUCACAUGCUCAAACUCAUGCUUGAAUCAGACAACUCAGCCGAAGGCAUUGGCCAAGUUAUGGCUUCGGUUCAGCGGCAAACUGGUCUCACACCCGAAGAAUUUGUAGGCCGCUUACAACCCAUGGAAGGUGACCUGGGGACGUGCCAGAACUUUCACUCAAUGCAAGCACUGAGGUCCCCCAACAGGCGAGCCGAGGAGAACAUGAACAGUGUUACAUUUCAGCUAGGGGCCUCACACACCCUCUGGAACAUUGGUCAGACAAUCUUCACAACUCACUUUGGUAACUCAAAUGACGCCGAGGACAUGGGAGCUUGGCGUACUUUGAAUUCGCUAGGGACCCCCCCAAACAAGGUCCUCCAGAAGAAGGACUUCACUGGGAUGAUACAGCAUCUGGAGAGGGUCCAUGAGGCCACUCUUUUCCACUGCCUCAGGGUGGUCAUGAACAUAGAAAGGAAUCCAAUCUGUGAAUCUCUGCCAACAAUUGACACUGCCAACUGGAACAAGUUCAUUGACCAAUGCUACACGCAAUAUUGCUCACCGGCUGCCCGUCGGCAGGCAUACGCAAAAUGCCGGGUCAGCGACUUACAUCUCAAACGGAAGUUGACAGACAAGGAAGCUGAAGAGAUUAGACAGCGCCACAGCCGUUCAAAACUCUCCAAUCUCCUGGUGCGCUUACACGAGUUCUCAACCGUUGUUGAAGCCAACCGAGCUAUGAAAUCAGGCGACAUGGGCCGGUUGAUUAAUAUAUGGCGAAUGUGGUCUGUGAUGUCGCAAUCUUUGCCUGGAUUGACUCACUAUGCAACAUAUCUCCCACGGUUGGUUCUACUGUUGACCAAGGUGCUGCCUGAGCCACUUAGCCGCUUUUUCAAACACAGCAUGUUGGUAUCACCUAGCGGUCGCCCAGGUCACUUUGUGGCCAAGGACUUUUUUUUGGAGAACCAUAAUUACUGGUUGAAGUUCUUUUUCAACCAUGGGGGCAUUGGAACUCAAGUUGAGCGGCUGAAGGAAUUGUACUCGUUGAACAUACCCUUGGUGAGAGUGACUCCUCACACUUGA